UUCUCUUAAAUCACUUGAACAUGUCACAUUAGAACAAACCAGGUUUUAUGAGGUCAAUAUUUUCCAUUUUCUGAUGACUCUUAGAUUCAGUUGGGAGCUUGGUGUGCAUGCCUUGGUUUAAUAAAACCAUUGGCCAUAUUCAAUUAGAUUGGUUAUUAGUGAUUAGAUUAAAUAAUGCUAUAAUUAGCCACGCCAGAUCCUGUGCAGUUUGAUGAGCUGUGGACAGACAGUGAGCUGCUCGCGCAUAUGAGGUGACCGGUCACAUGAUCAUUCUGCCGGAGAUAAUGAUUUGUGUUUUUUAGAAUUGUUACAUAUGAUACCCAAUUGUAGCUUGUUUUCUAACACCUCUAGUAAUCUCUGUUUUGGCAUUAAAUGUGACAGAAAGUUGGCGUCUUUAUCGUUUCAUCCAUCAUGUCCAACACAUUCUUUUUUUCACAUUUAUCCCCUCUGGAGAGCAUGAUCAAGAUGCACCCUGUUUGGAGCAUGUGACAUGCUGGCUUAAGCGUGAUUGGAGGGCCAAAAUUAAGGAGAUAAAAAAGGUACAGUGUUUUUCCAAUCACGAUGGAAGUCUGAAACUAAAGAAAGAGAACGAGAAGGAGACGGAGGCUAAUCUGACCAUUCCCCUUUUAACAUUUCCUUCUGGUGUUUCCUUCUGGUCUGGCUGGCCGAUGCCGGCCCCGUCGUGGACGUCAGGCGGCGGCAGCAGCAGCAGCGGUAGCGGUGUGCACGUGAGCGUCGCCCCCGGCGCCUAGCUCAUGUCCAGCCCAUGAUGCCGUCGUCCACGCGCAAAGGAGUGCCGAAGGACCCCGAGCUGGUCGACCUCUUCUUCAAAGAUGACCCCGAGGACGUCUUCUCCGACCUGCACGAGAUCGGGCAUGGCAGCUUCGGGGCCGUCUACUUCGCCCGUAACGCCUUCUCCAACGAGGUGGUGGCCAUCAAGAAGAUGUCCUACAAUGGCAAGCAGACGACUGAAAAGUGGCAGGACAUCAUUAAGGAGGUGAAGUUCCUGGGUCAGCUGCGCCACCCGAACAUCAUCGAGUACAAAGGCUGCUACCUGAAGGAGAACACGGCCUGGCUGGUGAUGGAGUACUGCCUGGGCUCAGCCUCAGACCUGCUGGAGGUUCAUAAGAAACCACUGCAAGAGAUGGAAAUUGCUGCCAUUACCCAUGGUGCCUUGCUAGGACUGGCCUACCUACAUUCCCACAACAUGAUUCACAGAGACGUAAAAGCUGGAAACAUUCUGCUGACGGAGCUGGGUCAGGUCAAACUGGCCGACUUUGGCUCCGCCUCCCUCGCCUCACCUGCCAACUCCUUUGUGGGAACACCUUACUGGAUGGCUCCAGAAGUGAUCCUCGCCAUGGAUGAGGGCCAGUACGAGGGGAAGGUGGACAUCUGGUCCCUGGGGAUCACCUGCAUUGAACUGGCGGAGCGCAAACCCCCCUUGUUCAACAUGAAUGCCAUGAGUGCCUUAUAUCACAUCGCACAGAACGACUCUCCCACGCUACAGUCCAAUGAGUGGUCGGACCCCUUCCGGAGCUUCGUGGACUACUGCCUCCUGAAACCCCCUCAGGACAGACCCUCCUCGGGGGAGCUGCUGCGACAUGACUUUGUGCGGCGGGACCGCUCUCCUCGUAUCCUCCUCGAGCUCAUCCAGAGGACGAAGGACGCGGUGCGCGAGCUGGACAACCUGCAGUACCGCAAGAUGAAGAAGAUCCUCUACCAGGAGAAGCACAAUGGACCAAUGGGAGAGAGCCAGGACGAAGAGGAGGACAGCGAGGCCGCCAGCUGUAAGAUGAACAGCCUGGGCAGCAACCACUCCGUCCCCAGCACCUCGGUGAGCAGCCAGAGCAGCAGCGUGAGCAGCAUGCAGGAGGUGCUGGACGACAGCCUCUCCGACAUGACGGCCACGCAGCCGCUGGACUACGGCUCGCUGGAGUCCUGCGCGCACGCCAAGAAGGACCACGGGAUCCACAGGGACCACCUUCAAGGGCUGCGGCCGUCGUCCUCCGACAAGAGCAGCCAGGCCCAGAACUACAAGAACCAGAGCCGCUUCGCCACCAUCAAGUCGGCCUCGCUGGUGACCAAGCAGAUCCAGGAGCAUGAGCAGGAGAGCGAGCUGCGCGAGCAGAUGUCGGGCUACAAGCGCAUGCGGCGGCAGCACCAGAAGCAGCUCAUCGCCCUGGAGAACAAGCUGAAGGCCGAGAUGGACGAGCACCGGCUCAAGCUGCAGAAGGAGGUGGAGACGCAGGCCAACAACGCCUACAUCGAGCUGGAGAAGCUGGCUAAGCGCCACGCCGCGCACGCCGACAAGGAGAUGAAGACGGCGCUGACCGAUGAGAAGAAGUUCCAGCAGCAGAUCGCGGCGCAGCAGAAGAAGGAGCUGACCACCUUCCUGGACAACCAGAAGAAGCAGUACAAGCUCUGCAAGGAGAAGAUCAAGGAGGAGAUGAACGAGGACUACAGCACACCCAAGAAGGAGAAGCAGGAGCACCUGUCCAAGCACAAGGAGAACAUGCAGCACUCCCAGGCCGAGGAGGAGGCGCAGCUCCUGGCCCAGCAGAGGGACUUCUACGACAGGAACUGCCGUGCCUUCAAGCGCAAAGUCACCAUGAAGCGUCACGACCUGGAGCAGGAGCAGAUCAGAGAGGAGCUGAACAAGAAGAAGACCCAGAAGGAGAUGGAGCACGCCAUGCUGACCCGCCACGACGAGUCCAUGCAGGAGCUGGAGUACCGGCAGCUGAAGGUCCUGCAGAAGCUGCGCAUGGACCUGAUCCGCCUGCAGCACCAGACGGAGCUGGACAACCAGAUCGAGUACAACAACCGGCGCGAGCGAGAGCUGCGCCGCAAACACGUGCUGGAGCUGCGGCAGCAGCCCAAGAACCUCAAGGCCUUGGAGCUGCAGAUCAAGAAGCAGUUCCAGGACACGUGCAAGGUGCAGACCAAGCAGUACAAGGCGCUGCGCCACCACCAGAUGGAGGUCACGCCCAAGGCGGAGCACAAGGCGGUGCUCAAGGCCUUGAAGGACGAGCAGACCCGCAAGCUGGCCAUCCUGGCGGAGCAGUACGAGCAGAGCAUCAACGAGAUGAUGGCGUCGCAGGCGCUGCGUCUGGAUGAGUCCCAGGAGGCCGAGUGCCAGGCCCUGAGGCAGCAGCUGCAGCAGGAGAUGGAGCUGCUGCACGCCUACCAGAGCAAGAUCCAGCUGCAGACGCAGGCGCAGCACGAGCGGGAGCAGCUGAAGCUGGAGCAGAAGGUGUCGCUGCGCCGCGCGCACCUGGAGCAGAAGAUUGAAGAGGAGCUGGUUUCCGUCCAGAAGGAGCGGACCGAGCGUAUCAAACAUCUUCUGGAGCGUCAGGAGCGCGAGACGGACGGCUUCGACAUGGAGAGCAUGCGGCUGGGCUUCUGCAACCUGGGCUCCCUGGACCUCCCCAAGGAGGACUACAGAUGAGGCCCAGCCUCAGCACCUCCCCAAGGAGGACUACAGAUGAGGCCCAGCCUCAGCACCUCCCCAAGGAGGACUACAGAUGAGCCCCAGCCUCAGCACCUCCUCCUCUCACCUGCUGCUGGACCCUCAGUCACACUCAACUGGAUGAGAAAUGAGCGUCUCCCGGCCGGUCAGAGGCAGGCGAUGGCGCCAUGGGUUUUAGUAACUCUCCCUCCUCCCACCGCCCCCCCGACACCCAUCACAAAAACCGCCUCCCCCGCCUUGCCUCUUGUGGUGUCACAACAACAACAUGCCGGAUAACUUCCUGUUGUCAUGUUUUUUGUGUGUAAGAAUAACGAUGACGUAAUCACAGUGUUUGUUGCGCAAUGAUCUCGUGAUGAGAGGAGGGAGAGAGAAUGCGUGUGUGUGUGUGUGUCUGAGUGUGUCUGUGUUUGUGUGUGUGUCUGUAUCUGUGUGUGUCUGUACAUGUGUGUGUAUGGAGCGAUAAAUCAAACAGCCAAUCAGAUCGUCUCAGCUUUUAGUUUCUGAGCUGUAAUCUUUUGGUAUUUAUUCAUCAGGACAUUUUUAUGAACCAUUUGAAUACUUAAUAGUUUGAUACUUUGAGAUACAAACCAGCUGUUCACACAGGUACGAUACCACAGGUGUGGGGGGUGAUUUGAUUACUGGGGGGGGGGGGUGACCACGGUACUGAUUCCUCUGCACUGGCAGCCAAUGUGAAUAAUAGACACGUGAAGUCUCCAGCAGGCGAGCACAAAGGGCUUCAUGGGGGGGGGGGGGGGGGGGGGCUUGUGUAUAGAUGGAUUUAUGGAGAGCUUUUACUUAUUUUCGUAUUGUAUUUUAACUUGUCACUUCGAAUCAAAAGAUAAUUUUUUAAAAGGCGCUUGUCCCCCCCGCCCUCAGAUGGUAUCUAAGGGUCCGUCAUGUUUCGAUGGGUUUUUCAUCUGAUCUUUUUUUGGGGCUCUACACGACGCUGUGUGUCGUCUCCAGUGUGACGCGUCAUCGUUGCAUGCACUUUAAUUUAUUUUCUUUUUUUCCAGAUUAAGAGAAAGCAUGAAUCUGUCAGAGCUUUUAAAUAUAUUUGAAAAUAAAGUGCUUGUCACACAAAGUAA